UACAGUUUGUCAUUUCAUCUUUCCACUCACGGUGUCGCUAUUCGCCUGUCUAUGUGAAACAUUUCUACUCCACCCUCUCGAUGUAGAUCAAUAAAAGGCUAAUGUUUCAGUUGCUGUUGCUAGUUUGGUGCAGCAGGAAUAGCUGAGGAGUGCGGUCGAUUUUCUUUUGACUGAACUGUAGAAUACUUAUUGAAUUUGUAAACUACAAGAGAACCUUUUUCUGUAACACACGCGUUGCCGUGAUGGCGCUCAAACGGAACUGCUUCGUUUUCUUUCUGAUGUGGCAAACCGUGAAUGGGGACGUGAGCUAUUCCUUUCAGGAGGAAAUGAAGCGCGGAUCUGUUAUUGGGAAUAUAGCGAAGGAUCUUAACCUGGACUCGAGUAAACUGUCUGCUAGAAAUGCCCGUGUUGAUGCCACAGGCAAUCGCAAGCGUUACUGUGAUAUCAGUCUCAGUACCGGAGAUUUAAUUGUUGCAGACAGGAUCGACCGAGAGGGGCUUUGUGGCGAAAAGCUGUCCUGUGUCAUAAAACGCGAUCUUGUACUGGAGAAUCCUCUGGAGCUGCAUCCGUUCAGUCUUCACAUUCAAGAUAUUAAUGAUAAUUCCCCACAAUUUAAGGAAGAAUCGAUUAAUAUAGAAAUUAGAGAGUCUGCAGUCAGGGGAGCUCGUUUUGUGAUAGAGGAGGCCCACGAUGCGGAUGUAGGACAAAAUUCAGUUCAACAAUACAGCCUGAAAAAGAAUGAACAUUUCAUUUUGGCUUCUAAUGGAAACACAAUAGAGCUUGUUCUUGAUAAAGAGCUUGAUCGUGAAAAACAGCAAGAGAUCAAUCUGCUCCUUACAGCUUUAGAUGGUGGCUCUCCUCAGAGAUCAGGUACUGUAGUCAUACACGUCACUGUGCUGGAUGCUAAUGAUAACGCCCCAGUGUUUAGUCAGGCCGUUUAUAAAGCCCGUCUGCCUGAAAACUCUCCUUUAGACACUGUGGUGGUCACAGUGAGUGCAACUGAUGCAGAUGAGGGAGUCAAUGGAGAUGUAACCUAUGAAUUUGGACAUGUUUCAGAAGAUGUGAAGAAAGUUUUUUAGUAUUGACCGUAAAAAUG